AUGACAUUGAAAUCUGUUCCUCAAUGGCUCACCGAUCACCAGGAUCAGGUCACGGAUACCCCAAUCUACAGGGUCACUAAGGAAGAAUUGCUCGAGCUGCUCAAGAACGACGAACCAGGCUUGGCUAUCAUUGACAUUCGAAACGAGCAGGAAGAUAAGGGUGUUAUUAAAAAGGCGCUCCACAUCCCAGCAACUGUAGUCGAUGGCCCCAGUGGCAUAAACGAACACUUCUUGGAGCCUGUUCUCGACUGGCAACCACAAACAAAAAAGAUCGUCUUGUAUUGUAACAGCUCCGGCAAACGCACCACAUAUAUCGGAGGCUGGGCCAAAGAUUAUUUGGCAAGCAUUGACAGACAAGACUUGGAGGUGGUGAUUUUGGAUGAGGGAAUCACUGGCUGGGUGAAGGGUGGUGAUGAGUUCAAGGACGAAACGCUCUAUUAUCCAACUGAAUAG